AUGGAGGGGCCGGCGGUGGCAGUUUGCGAGAUUUUGAAAUAUUUAAUAAUUCACCAGAGGUGUGAAACAGCAGGAGUAUCAAAGGGAGCAUUGCUAGAAGGACAGCUAGUGAUUUCCAUAGAAGCAUUAAAUUCUAAGCACCAAGCAAAUACUCUUCACUGUGUAACAACUAUUGCUGCUGCAGGAAGCAUUUAUGGUGGUUUGGUCCUCAAGAAGUUCCUUAAAGAUAUGCAAUCCAUACUGCCUGGAUUCUUUGCAAACCUGAAUUGGACUUCAGAGGAGGCCAGCCAUUCUCAGGAUACAUCAGGGCUAAGACCCUUCCAGGUGAUUUUUGAGGCUGAUGUAAACCCCAGGACUUUGAUGACAGAUAGUCUGGUUAUAAAGAAUUUUUUACGCAAAGUCAUCUCUGUGCUCCCCAAGAUUAGAUUUAAUUUCAGUGUAAAGGUGAAUGGAAUCUUCUCCACGGAGAUCUUUGGGGCAGAGAAUGAACCUACUUUGAACCUGUCGAAUGGAAUUGCUCUUGUCGUAAACUGCCAGCAUUACCUGAGUACACCAAAAUUUGAUGCAACUGAAUUACCCUGCAGCAGAAUCCAUCCUGUGCUGGGACAUCCAGUAAUGCUCUUCAUCCCUGAUGAUGUGGUGGGAAUGGGCUUGUUGGGAGAGCUGACACUGACUCCAGCCGUGGCUCUGUGUCCUUGCCUGAAGGUCUUUUCCAACCAGCUGAAUAGGAUCUCUUCCAUUUCCAUAUCCUUUUGA